AUGGUCAAGCAGAAGGGCAUCUCGGUAUGGGAAAACCAGAAGGACGACAAGGUGUCGUCUUUCAGGUUCAUCAUUCAUGCUGUCAAGCCUGCGAAUGAAGGCAACAGGAAAGCAUGGUGUGACACCGAAGGAAAAGGGGCCCAACUGAACACAGCUCUAGAGCUGCUACAGUCGGAAGAUGGUGUCCAGGAGUGCCGGAAGCAAUUGCAAGAGUUGCUCAAAUGCCUUCCGGAGGAACUCGCGCCGGUCUCUGUCUUCAAUGGACCCUUCAGGUAA